AUGGCGCUAAGCGAGCCCAUCCUCCCGUCCUUCUCCACUUUCGCUAGCCCUUGCCGGGAGCGCGGCCUGCAGGAGCGCUGGCCGCGCACCGAGCCCGAGGCAGGCGGCACCGACGACGACCUCAACAGCGUGUUGGACUUCAUCCUGUCCAUGGGGCUGGACGGCCUGGGAGCUGAGUCCGCCCCGGAGCCCCCGCCACCCCCGCCGCCCCCGCCGCCUGCGUUCUACUACCCGGACCCCGGCGCGCCGCCUCCCUAUGGAGCCCCCGCGGGCGGUUUGGUGUCCGAGUUGCUGCGGCCCGAACUGGACGUGCCACCGGGACCCGCGCUGCACGGUCGCUUUCUGCUGGCGCCGCCGGGCCGCCUGGUGAAGGCUGAGCCCCCCGAGGCGGACGGCGGCGGCGGCGGCUAUGGCUGCCCGCCCGGCCUGGCCCGCGGACCACGGGGCCUCAAGCGCGAGGGCGCCCCGGGCCCGGCCGCCGCGUGCAUGCGAGGCCCCGGGGGCCGCCCCCCGCCACCGGCCGACACGCCACCGCUCAGCCCCGAUGGCCCUGCGCGCCUGCCUGCACCCGGCCCGCGCGCCCCCUUCCCGCCUCCCUUCGGCGGCCCGGGCUUCGGGGCGCCCGGGCCCGGCCUGCAUUACGCGCCGUCCGCGCCCGCCGCCUUCGGUCUCUUUGACGACGCGGCCGCCGCCGCCGCGGCUCUGGGCUUGGCGCCAUCCGCCGCCCGAGGUCUCCUCACGCCGCCUGCGUCUCCGCUGGAGCUGCUGGAGGCCAAGCCCAAGCGCGGCCGCCGGUCCUGGCCGCGGAAACGCACGGCCACGCACACCUGCAGCUACGCGGGCUGCGGCAAGACCUACACCAAGAGCUCGCACCUCAAGGCGCACCUGCGCACGCAUACAGGCGAGAAGCCCUACCACUGCAACUGGGAAGGCUGCGGCUGGAAGUUCGCGCGAUCGGACGAGCUCACGCGCCACUACCGCAAGCACACGGGCCACCGGCCCUUCCAGUGCCACCUGUGCGACCGUGCCUUUUCGCGCUCCGACCACCUGGCGCUGCACAUGAAGCGACACAUGUAG